AUGGCAGCCUCACGACGAUGGCCAAACAUGUCGCAGGAGGAGGUGCCGUUGGUGCGGUUGACCAAGGAUAUUUUUGCGCCGGACAGGUACGAUAUCCGAGUUCGUCCCAAAAUGGCACACAACGAAACGAUGAAGAUAUCAAUCUCGAUGUCUCUAUAUCAAAUCAUUGAAGUUGAUGAACCAUCACAAACUAUUAAGUUGAACGUAUGGAUGAUACAGAAAUGGACAGACGAGAUGUUAUUUUGGGAUCCGAGGGAAUAUGGGAUGAUCAAUAAGACGAUAUUGCCACAUGAUUCGCUGUGGAUACCCGAUACGUAUCUGUAUAAUAGAUACUUCCCGUACGAUCAGCAAAAUUGCACCCUAACGAUCUCAUCGUGGACCAACAGCAAAUCGGCGUUAGAUUAUUAUGCUGAUCCGGCGGUUGACCUCCAAUUCUUUAUCCCGAACGAGGAAUGGGAUGUGAUAUCCUUCAAAAUCUACCGGCAUGAGUACAAAUACGCGUGUUGCCCGGAGCCAUGGGUAAUCCUGCAAGCAUCACUUGUCAUCCGGAGAAAACCGCUGUAUUACGUCGUGAAUCUGAUAAUUCCGACAUCAAUCAUCACUAUUGUAUCAAUUACUGGAUUCUUUACACCGGCCAGUACUGAUGAUGAUAGAAAGGAGAAGAUCAAUCUUGGUAUCACCACCCUCCUUGCGAUGUCCAUCUUGAUGUUGAUGGGAAGAAGGCAAUAUGGCAAUAAUCCUCCAGUAUUUGUCAGAUAUUGGUUCUUCGGGUUCCUGCGUGCCGUUUUCUGGUGUGACGUGCCACCACCCUUACGGAAGCUGUGGGAGGACUUGGAUGACCACCCUCGUGACGCUUGGAAAAAUCGGAAUGGCGUGCGGAUGGUGGAUAAGAAAAUUGGCACCAAUGGGAGCUUCUUGGUGCCGAAGGAGACGAAUAAACAUCAGCCCGUACAGACAAGAAUAUCAGAAAACAGCCUUCGUGUGCCUGGGUCUGCCUCGUCAACCACUCAACCAAUCGACAAACGCCAUUCGAUACAAAUGAUUGAUGUGUCAAACACGACAACUCCCGCCGCCACGGGGCGCACAAGCCGCCGAGGCUCGAAUCUAUGGGAAAAUGCUGUGACGACCGUACUCGCCUCUCGCUCAACAUCCCGUCGCUCAUCCGUCUUCCCGCAAAACAAAGAACUCGACAGUAUGCGCCGCUCCAGGCAGUGCUCGUUGGAAUGGGAAUUUUUGGCUACGGUACUCGACCGGAUCCUGCUCGUCCUCUUCGUCUUGGCCGUCAUCCUCGUCACUUCCGGCGUCUUUGUCGUUGGCCAUAUGGCCCAGCUGAGCUACGAUCUGCAUAAGGAC